AUGGCUUCCGGUCUAACCUGUCUGUAUUCUUUUCAUUUCUUGAUUAUCCCCCUUUUGAAAAAUCUGUUUAACGCCAAACAAGAGGUCUUCCCUUGUUCAACCUCUUUCAUAAAAUAUGUUUCUCUCUCUUCCUCUCUAUUCUCUUUCUUCUUUCCAAUGAAUGACACUUUCUAUCCAUUCCCCAGUCUUUUUACAGUCCACCUUACUCUCCAUUUACUUUUUUCUUGUCUCAUUGGUACUUGCGUUUUGUCUAGUCAAAUUUGUUCUCUCUUUCUCACUCUCGCUUUCUCUCUCUCUUUCUCUCUCUCUCUCUUUCUCUCUCUCUCUCUCUCGCUUUCUUCCUCUCUCUCGCUUUCUAUCUCUCUCUCGCUUUCUCUCUCCUUCCCUCUCUCUCCCCCUCCCUCUCUCUCUCUCGCUUUCUCUCUUUCUCUUGCUUUCUCUCUCGCUCGCUUUCUCUCUCUUUCUCUCUCUCUAGCUUUCUCUCUCUCUCUCGCUUUCUCUCUUUUUCUCUCUCUAGCUUUCUCUCUUUCCUUUCUCUCUCUCUCUCUCUUUCUUUCUCUCUCUUUCUCUCUCUCUCUCCUUUCUCUCUCUCUUUCUCUCUCUCUUUCUCUCUCUCUCUUUUCUCUCUUUCUCUCUUUCUCUCUCUCUCUCUUUCUCUCUCCAUCCCUCUCUCUCUCUCUCUCCAUCUCUCCCUCCCUCCCUCUCUCUCUCGCUUUCUUUCUCUCGCUUUCUCUCUCUCUCUCUCGUGUUGAUGGCCCCUUAAACAAACCAAUCUUUUCUCUUUCCCCCUUUCUCUCUUGUUCCUACUGUCUCGUCGAUCUUCUUUCCUUUUUUACUCUUUUCUCUUUUUUCUCCAUUUCUCUCUUUCCCGUUCUCGCCCUCUUUCUUUUUCUCUGGCUCUCUCGCUUUCUUUUAAUCUCUCUUUUUCUCUCUUUUCUUUCUUUUCUCAUACUAUCGUUCUUUCUCUCUUUCUCUCUUUACCUCUCUUGUUCCUUUUUUUUUUUCACUUUCUUUGAUGCCUAUCUUUCUCUCUUUCUUUCUUUCUUUCUUUCUUUCUUUCUUUCUUUCUUUCUUUCUUUCUUUCUCCAUAGUUUAUCUUUAUUUCUUUUUUAUUUUCUCUUUUCACCACUCUAUUUCAUUCUCAUUUUCCUUCUUUCUCGUUUUUUCUCUUUCUUUCUUUCUUUCUUUUUUUUUUUUCUUUCUUUCUUUUCUUUCUUUCUUUCUUUCUCCAAAAUAUCUUUUUCUUUUUCCUCUUUUUUUCUUUCUCUCUCAUUUUCACUUCUAUUUCAAUUCAUUUCCUUCUUUCUCUGUUUUCUUUUUAUUUCUUUUACUUUUCUUUUCUUUCUUUCUUUCUUUCUUUCUUUCUUUUCUUUUUCUUUCUCCAUUUUAUCUUUAUUGUUUUUCCUUUUUUCUCUUUCUCUCUCAUUUCUCUAUUUCCUAUUUCCUUCUUUCUCUUUUUUUCUCUUUCUUUCUUUCUUUUCUUUCUUUCUUUCUUUCUUUCUUUCUUUCUUUCUUUCUCCAUAUUUUCUCAUUUUCCUUUCUUUCUCGUUUUUUUCCUCUUUCUUUUCUUUCUUUCUUUCUUUCUUUCUUUCUUUCUUUCUUUCUUUCUUUCUUUCUUUCUCCAUAGUUUAUCUUUAUUGUUUUUCCUCUUUUUUCUCUUUCUCUCUCAUUCCUCACCACUCUAUUUCAUUCUCAUUUUCCUUCUUUCUCGUUUUUUCUCUUUCUUUCUUUUUCUUUCUUUCUUUCUUUCUUUCUUUCUUUCUUUCUUUCUUUCUCCAUAGUUUAUCUUUAUUGUUUUUCCUCUUUUUUCUCUUUUUCUCAUUUUCUCUCUUUUCUUCUCUUUCCUUCUUUCUCAUUUUUUUCCUGUCUUUCAUUUUCUUUCUUUCUUUCUUUUUUUCUUUCUUUCUUUCUCCAUUUUAUUUUUUUUUGUUUUCCUUUCUUUUUUUCUUUCUUUCUUUCAACCUCUUUCAUUCUCAUUUUUUUCUUUCUUUUUUUUUCUUUCUUUCUUUCUUUCUUUCUUUCUUUUCUUUCUUUCUUUUUCUUUCUUUUUUAUCUUUUAUUGUUUUUUUUACUUUUUCUUUCUUUCUCUCAUUCCUUUUUAUUUCAUUCUCGUUUUCUUUCUCUUCUUUCCUUUCUUUUCUUUCUUUCUUUCUUUCUUUCUUUCUUUCUUUCUUUCUUUCUUUCACUUUUUUUUUUCUUUCUAUCUCUCUCUCUCUUUCUCUCUCUUCUUUCUUAUUUAACUCUCAUUUUCUUUUCCUCUCCCUCUCUAUCUUCCUUGACUCUCUUAAAGUACUCAUUGUUUUUUUGCUUUUUUCUUUUUUUCAUCCUAAUUUGUUCGCUUGCCGAUCUUUCAUUCAAGUGUCGAGAAAGGGAGAUAACUCUAUCCAGCAUUCGCUUUCUGAUAAUUUCUCCCUGCCUGCCGUCUGCCUGAAAUUUUACAACACGAACUUCAUUCCACUCCCACCAUUCACGACCCCCAUUAACCAAACGAAAUUUAUUUUUUCUAUCCAUCUAUCUAAUUCUGUUCAUAUCUAUCUAUCUAUCUAUCUAUCUAUCUCAUUCCGUUUCUCUCUUAUUUAA